UCAUUCUACAGAUUCUCAUUUCUGGACAGGCAAGAAACCUGGCUUAUUCUCCUUUUUGUCUUCAGAACUUAGCAGAGCGCUAGCAUUCAAUAAACGCCUCGUGAACGCAAAUAGGUUAAUCUUCACAAAAACCCGACGGGGUGGGUAUCGUUGUCUCCGAUUUAACCCCAUAGAGAACUGAGGCUCCAAUAGCUCAAUGGAUCUGCGACGUUCAGUGAGCCCGACCUGUGACUUACGCCCGGGACGGUUAACUCGAACCGCCGCGGCGGGCAUCCUGCAGCCCUCCGCCGAGCCGAACCUCCCCGGCGCAGCCGUCUUCACCACCCGGAGCACCCGGCUGCGCUACCUGCAUCACACAAUCCGACUGCAGCAGACACAAGCCCAGGUCCUCCUUCAAGCCCGAGCACGCGCCGCCCUCCGGCUUGUCCUCAUAAUACUGGGGCAUUACGGCGCUUCCCGUCCGCUGCGGACUCUACUUUCUUCCACUGCAAUAGCUGCAAUCUCGCCAGCAGCGAAUGGGACCCGUAGUAGGGGACCGGAAAUCAGUUGCAAUAACUUCCGGCGGGCCGCGGCUGUUGGGCCGACGACGACGGAGGCCGAGGGGUGGUGGGUCCGUGACGGAAGUGGGAAGAUGUUACCGAGUACUUCAUUGAAUUCCUCAGUGCAGGGGAAUGGAGUCCUGAGUUCCAGGGAUGCAGCAAGACACACAGCCGGAGCAAAACGCUACAAAUAUCUGAGAAGACUUUUCCGCUUUCGGCAGAUGGACUUUGAGUUUGCUGCCUGGCAGAUGCUCUACCUGUUCACGUCCCCGCAGAGAGUUUACAGAAACUUUCAUUACCGAAAACAGACGAAGGACCAGUGGGCCAGAGAUGACCCUGCUUUCUUGGUACUGUUAAGUAUCUGGCUCUGUGUGUCCACUAUAGGAUUUGGCUUUGUGCUGGACAUGGGAUUCUUUGAGACAAUAAAGCUUCUCCUUUGGGUUGUAUUCAUAGAUUGUGUAGGUGUUGGUCUUCUGAUAGCAACUUUAAUGUGGUUCAUCUCUAACAAGUAUUUAGUGAAACGACAGAGCAGAGACUAUGAUGUGGAAUGGGGCUAUGCUUUUGAUGUGCAUCUCAAUGCUUUUUAUCCACUCCUGGUCAUUCUGCAUUUUAUCCAGCUUUUUUUCAUCAACCAUGUUAUCCUGACAGACACAUUUAUUGGAUAUUUAGUUGGAAAUACCUUAUGGUUGGUUGCGGUUGGCUAUUAUAUCUAUGUCACUUUCCUGGGAUACAGUGCGUUGCCAUUUUUGAAAAAUACAGUAAUUCUUCUGUAUCCAUUUGCACCUCUGAUUCUACUCUACGGGCUGUCACUGGCACUGGGAUGGAACUUCACCCAUACUCUGUGUUCUUUCUAUAAGUACAGAGUGAAAUAAAAAAAAAAAAAAAAAAAAAGAAUAUUCAAUCGUAACUGUGUCAGCAGUAUUUGUGAAGUGAUAAUUUCUUGUAAAACUUUUGUAAAUAAACUAUCUUUGUAGAUAUCUUAAAGAUGUAAAGUUUGCAAAUUUGAAGAAAUAUAUGUUAACACUGUGGUCAGGUACAUUCCUUAAAACUAAUUAAAUGUACAUUUCUAUAAUAAAUAAAUAUUUUUUAAACUAAA